GCAACGAUCAGCGAAGCUGCUCUCCGCUGGCAGCCGACUUCUGGGCGAUCGGGAACGGGAGCCACCACAGCUAGCUGGGAUCACUGUUUGUUUACUGACCGCCAGUCGCGCACGUCGCUUCGAAGACGCUGUUACUCGGUUCCGAGAUCGCAAGAUCAACGUUUCGGUGGAUAUACUAUAGUGUUUCGAGUUCUUCUGUUAAAGUGCAAAAAUCCUGACUCUAAAAAAGGUUGACCCAUCACACCUAGCAUGGCCACAGCGCGGGAGCAGUUCUUAUUUGGCAGCGACAACGGUGUCGCCGGACUUGGCCUGGGCAUCGAGAUCGGAGAGGUGACGCCCAGUCGGGUUUACAAUGCCACCACAGUGCCCGUGACCAGCGCCGGAGGAUGGCGCAAUGGCCAGUCGAGCACAACGACCAACGUUGUGACGCCCCCAUCCGUUUCCACACCGCCACAGGUGGCGUACAGCAAUGGAUCCACGGCCAGCAAGCAGCCACCAUUGGAGCCCGUGGAGGAGGAGGAGGUGCACUUCGACAUUGAUGCCCUCAACAACCUGCCAGCCCGUGAGCCUGUGGAUAUGGAGUUCAAGGAGCUGUCCCUGACUGUGAAAUUGGGCUUUAACCGAGGAUCCAAGGAAAUCUUGCACAAUGUAAGCGGAAAGUUCCCCGGCAGCCAGCUCAUCGCCAUCAUGGGACCUUCGGGAGCGGGAAAGUCCACGCUGCUGGAUGCCUUGUCUGGCUUCAAGACCACCGGCGUCGAUGGUUCCAUCCUGCUUAAUGGCCGGCGGCGUGAUUUGCCUUCCUUCCGUCGCAUGUCCUGCUACAUCACACAGGACGAUCGACUGCAGCCAUUGCUGACGGUCAACGAGAAUAUGCAUAUAGCCGCCGAUCUUAAGCUGGGCCAGACUGUCAGCUAUGAGGAGAAAGAGAGCAGGAUCGAGGAUAUACUGCUGCUCCUGGGCCUGUAUGAUCACGAUCAGACCCUCACUAUGCGCCUGUCUGGUGGUCAGAAAAAGAGGCUAUCCAUUGCCAUGGAGUUGAUCAACAAUCCCACUGUGAUGUUCCUGGACGAGCCAACAACAGGCUUGGACAGUAGCUCUUGCACAAAGGUUCUGGAACUGCUCAAGAAGCUGACCGGCCAGGGCCGCACCAUUAUAUGCACGAUCCACCAGCCCACUGCCAAGCUCUUCCAGAUCUUUGACCAGGUCUAUGUCCUGGCUGCCGGUAACUGCGUCUACCAAGGCAGCACCCAGAAACUGGUGCCUUUUCUGCAGGCCGUGGAUCUGCCCUGUCCCAUGUACCACAAUCCAGCGGAUUACAUCAUCGAACUGGCCUGCGGGGAGUAUGGCUACGACAAGGUCGACACCCUGAAGGGAGCCACGGAAAACGGAAGCUGCCUCACCUGGUUCGACAAUCCCAGCUCGAUUUUGCGAUCCGAGGCUCUGAUGAGAAAGUAUCCCAUCCCCAAGCGCACCAAAGCACGUUCUCUAGAGGACACAAGCUUCUCCAACCAGUGUUCGGUGCUGAUGAGACGCGGCUACAUGAAGGCGAAGCGGGACACCACCAUGACACACUUGAGGAUUGGUGUGAACAUUGCAGUGGCCGCUCUCUUUGGUGCCAUGUACGAUCACACAGGUCGCGAGGGAUCUCGAGUGCUGGAUAACUACAACCUGCUGUUCGCCAUUCUGAUGCAUCACUCCAUGACCACAAUGAUGUUGACUGUCCUGACUUUCCCCAUUGAGAUGUCCAUUCUGAUUAAGGAGCACUUCAACCGUUGGUAUUCCUUGAAAGCUUACUACACUGCCAUGACCAUCGUCGACCUGCCCAUAUCGAUAAUAAGUUGCUUCAUCUUCACCGUCAUUGUCUAUUUGUGGAGUUACCAGCCUAUGGAGUGGGUCCGGUUUUGGAUGUUCUUCGUUAUUAGCUUACUGACGGUCUUCGUCGGCCAUAGUUUCGGGCUGAUGAUCGGCUCCUGGUUCGAUGUGGUCAACGGCACUUUCCUGGCGCCCGUUCUCACCAUUCCCAUGAUGAUGUUCGCUGGAUUUGGAGUGACCCUGAGGGACCUGCCAAGCUACCUACAAUGGGGUAGCCACAUAUCUUAUUUAAGAUAUGGGCUAGAGGGUUUCAUAUCGGCCAUCUACGGCUUGGAUCGAGGAGUGCUGGCGUGCGAGGAGGCGCCUUACUGCCAUUACAGGUAUCCAAAGAAAUUCCUUGAGGAGAUUACCAUGAGAGGUGAUCAGUUCUGGAACGACGUCAUUGCUCUUGGAGCCAUGAUUAUUGUCUUCAGACUGGUUUCCUAUGUCGUGCUUAAGGCCAAGAUUAAGUCCAUUCGAUGA